UGCUGAUCAGCAGCCUCCCGUUGAUGCGAUUAUAACAUUGGUCAAGUAUAUGUUCUCGUUUUGCCUGAUAACGGCUGUCUGCAUCUAUUCCACCGAACAGGGUCAAAGAUUGCGGGAGGUUGCCGAUAUAUGUCUGAGCAUCGGAGAAAAAAACUGGAAGAGGGAUGAAUGGAAUGCGGUGUUUGUUCGCAGCAAGACGAACGGUCCAGGUUGCUUUACAUUGGCCGGCGUUGUCAUCACACGCGAAAGUGCCAUGCAGGCUUGGGCAGCUUUGGUCAGCGCAUUAUUAGUUUUCGCGGAGUUGGCUCGGAGCUCGAAAAACGCAGAACUGGAUUUAGGCGCGAUCAAUACAACCCAGAUCCGCUGACCACCGGGAAGAAAUCAGCUAAGGUGCUUACUUCCUUCCAAAUAGGAUUCCAGCAUCUAAGAGUAAGAGCCUGCUUGAUCAACCAUGGAGCAGUGAAGUUUCAUUACUAAUUGGUGUUUACAAGAUUUGCGAAAACAGUCAUAGAAAAAUAACUUUUGUUUAAAAAAUAACAGUCAUAGAAAAAUAACCAGUACGAACUGGCCAUG